AUGCCCGCUUCGCCACCAGUCAUCCAAGAAGCCGUCAACGCCAACGAUCCCGUGCGCCUGCAGCAGAUUCGCCAGAGCGUGCACAAUUCCAUCUCGAGCUCUCAAACCGGAUCUUCGCCCUCUCGGUCGAACUACCCGAUUUCACAUGGUCAUGCUUCCUCAACACCUUUUGGGUUGCACAGCAUGUCGUUCCCUAGCACCCACGCCAGCCUGUCUAAUGGUCAGCGGCCUGUGGUUAACUUCAGCUCGUCAGUGGCACUCACCUUCAAACCGAGCCCGUUUUAUCAGAUCGAGGCGGUUGCUGGUGAUAUAAAGACCUGCGAUGUCAUGUCGCAGCACCGUAACACGAUAACCUAUCCCAUUAGACUAGACGAUCAUCCUGUUUUACAGAAGUGCGUUAACGACCCUUCGUACCGAGUGAUGGUCUUUUGCGCCGGGGACACUUUAGGAAUUCAAGAUGUCGCAUUUCCUCACCAGUCAGAACUCAAGGUCAACGGCGGCGAGGUCAAGGCCAAUUUGCGCGGCUUGAAGAACAAACCUGGAUCUACUAGACCGGUUGACAUCACAAAAGCGCUUCGCCUUCGUCCGAAAUAUACCAACAACGUUGAGUUCACAUACGCGCUGACAUCCAAGAAUUUCUACCUUGUGAUAAAUGUUUGCAAAAUAACAUCUGUCGAACAACUUGCGGAGCGCAUUGCCAAUGGCAAGAAGAUAUCGAUUGAUUCUGUAAAGCAAGAACUCAACGCCAAAGCACAAGAUCCGGAUGUAGUAGCAACUUCACAGGUGCUAUCUCUCAAAUGUCCAUUGUCAUACAUGCGACUAGCACUCCCUUGCCGUGGGUUGAGCUGCACACACUUGCAAUGUUUUGAUGCCACUUCUUAUCUCCAGCUGCAAGAACAAGGCCCGCAAUGGCAAUGUCCUAUUUGCAACAAGUCCGCCACUUUCGAGCAGUUGGCUGUUGAUGCAUAUGUCAAAGACAUCCUGGAAAAUACACCAAAGAGUCAGGAAACUGUGACCAUCGAGCCCAAUGGUGAAUGGCAUCUCAAGAGCACCGACGACAGUAGUCAGGGGCACACAAAUGGAAACUCAUCUUACGCAAAUGCCUUUGACGAUGACGAUGACGAUCUGGUAAUAUCAGAGGUCAAUUCUAUUGGUCACCGCCGUUUAGAGACGCCCAAAAUCUCUACACCGACCAUUAGUACGCCAGUAACAGCAGGUCGCGAUGUAUCAUCUUCUGCUGGACCAAGGGGCAUAGCAUCUACCAGCGCCAAGCGCCCAAUGGCCGCUAUCAUCGACCUAACGCUAUCUGACGAUGACGAUGAUGAUUUGCCCCCGCCCCCAAAAAGGCAAAACACGUCGAUGAACGGAUACUCAGGCAAUCUACCUAACAACUCUCCAAUCUCGCCAGGUGAUCUCGGGUAUCUUUAG